AUCACACAUAUUAAUAGAAGAGGAGGGAAUUCACUCAUUUUAAAGAUGAGGAGGUAAAUCGCACAAAGAUGAAAGAUCAGGGAGCAAAAGUGCAAUUAAGCCUUUUCUUGAAUCUCUCUUCUUCGCCACCGUUCACCACACACCACCAUUUCCCGCUGCAACAGUGCUUAGCACAACAACAAACCAAAAGCAAUGCCACCCCACCACCACUACCAAUGCACCCGCACGCACCAGAUCGGAGCCAUACUCCUCGUCGCCGCCACCUUCUUCCUCACGCGGCUCUUAGACGCCCCUUGCACCCUCUCCACCACCACCGGCACCACCGUUCGCUCGUCACAGCACAACCUCCCUCAAGAACCAUCCCUCAAGAUCUACGUCUAUGACGCCAGCGAGAUCGACGGAUUGAACGAGCUCUUGCGCGGAAGGGAUGGUAAGAUCACAGAGGAAGCUUGCUUGAAAGGCCAAUGGGGCACUCAGGUGAAAAUUCACAAGCUGCUGUUGCAAUCAAGAUACAGGACAUGGAAGAAGGAGGAAGCUGAUUUGUUCUUUGUGCCAUCGUAUGUGAAAUGUGCGCGGAUGAUGGGCGGUCUUAACGACAAGGAGAUUAAUCACACCUAUGUUAAAGUGAUAAGCCAAAUGCCAAAUUUUCGGUUAUCCGGAGGCCGAGACCAUAUCUUUGUCUUCCCCAGUGGUGCUGGAGCUCACUUGUUCAAAUCUUGGGCGACAUAUAUAAAUCGCUCCAUUAUUCUUACCCCAGAGGGGGAUCGGACUGAUAAGAGAGAUACUAGUGCCUUUAAUACUUGGAAAGAUAUAAUCAUUCCAGGUAAUGUUGAUGAUGGUAUGACUAAAGCUGGAUCUACAGUGGUCCAGCCUUUGCCUCUGUCAAAGCGGAAGUACUUGGCAAAUUAUUUAGGACGUGCACAAGGAAAAGCUGGUCGUCUUCGGCUAAUAGAGCUUGCAAAACAGUUUCCGGAGAAGUUGGAAUGUCCAGAUUUGAAACUCAGUGGAGGUAGCAAGUUGGGAAGGAAAGAAUAUUUUGAACACCUGCGCAAUUCCAAGUUUUGCCUCGCUCCACGUGGGGAGUCAUCUUGGACGCUUCGCUUUUACGAGUCCUUUUUUGUGGAAUGUGUUCCAGUUAUAAUAUCAGAUCAAAUAGAAUUGCCAUUCCAGAAUGUCAUCGAUUACAGUCAGAUAUCAAUAAAAUGGCCAUCCAAUCGAAUAGGUCCUGAGCUACUGCAGUACCUGGAAUCUAUUCCAGAUGAAAUAAUAGAAGCAAUAAUAGCUCGCGGUCGAAAAGUUAGGUGCUUUUGGGUCUAUGCUUCCGAUUCAGAACCUUGUUCGGCAAUGCAUGGAGUUAUGAGGGAACUCCAGAGGAAAGUGAGACAAUUUCACCAGUCAGCUGAAACAUUUUGGCUGCACAAUGGCUCGUUUGUAAACAGAAACUUGGUUGAAUUUUCCAAAUGGGAACUCCCUGUCUCUUUGCCUUGAUAAGCUACCAGAAACUUCUUAUAAUUUUUUUUUAUAACUAUCAUCCCAAUCUUAAUUCUUUACAAAGCCCAUAUUAGGUCAUAAUUCACUCAGUACUCAGUAGUAUAAAAAAAAUUUUGCUUCCGGGUCACAUGAUAUUGUAUCUAUGUCUCUUUUUUC